CUUCGGAGAGGACCCACGCAGCCUCCUGUAGGUGGCAACAGUGCCACCUGUUUGACCGGUGGGGCUGAGCGAAGGGAGGAGGCAAACAAGUCGGAGCAGAGCUGGGAAGCAGAGCAGUGCAGAGCAGAGAGCAGACUGCCGCUGAGAAAAGGUUACUCCUGGCUUCUGGGGUGGAAGGCUCCAGAAGGGGCUGCCUGAAGUGCGGCCAGAUCUGCCUCAACUUGCUGAACUGAGUUUGCCCCACCCCUGGGCACCUCCUCCUGAAUCCCCACCCUGGGCAAGCACUCCAUCCCCAGAGCUGGAUGCUUUUAAACCGGGAGGUGUAGACAGUCGGUGUGCAUCCUGCCUGCAAAGAGCCUGGACCUCCCAGGUUUCCCGCUGACUGUCCAGGUAUCCAGAUUAAAGGGAAACAACGACCCUGGAGACUGUCCCCUUCUGCUCCCCUUCUCAUCCAGCCUGGCACGCGGGGCCUGCCUCGUGACUUCCGUUGCUGGGCAGCAGCCCAGACCUCUGCCCCUCCCCUGGGCUCCCCACAUACACUGGGAGGAAGGCUACGAUCUACCUUCUGCAAGGGUCCCUGAUGGCCGAGUGUCCCUUCCCCCAGGCCCUCACCAUGGCCGAAUCCCCCGGCUGCUGCUCCGCCUGGGCCCGCUGCCUCCACUGCCUGUAUAGCUGCCACUGGAGGAAAUGCCCCAAAGAGAGGAUGCGAACCAGCAAGUGCGACUGUGUUUGGUUUGGCCUGCUGUUCCUCACCUUCCUCCUCUCCCUGGGCUGGCUGUACAUCGGGCUCAUCCUUCUCAAUGACCUGCACAACUUCAAUGAAUUCCUGUUCCGCCAGUGGGGACGCUGGAUGGACUGGUCCCUGGCAUUCGUGCUGGUCAUCUCUCUCCUGGUCACAUAUGCAUCCCUGCUAUUGCUCCUGGCCCUACUCCUGCGGCUCUGUGGCCAGCCACUGCAUCUGCACACCAUCCACAAGGUGCUGCUGCUCCUCGUUAUGCUUCUUGUGGCCACUGGCCUUGUGGGAAUGGACGUCCAAUGGCGGCAGGAGUGGCGUAGCUUACGUCUGUCACUGCAGGCCACAGCCCCCUUCAUUCACAUCGGAGCAGCUGCUGGCAUCACCCUCCUGGCCUGGCCUGUGGCUCAUACCUUCUACCAUAUCCGCCGGACAGGUCCCAAGAUUCUGCUACUGUUCCUAUUUUUGGGAGCUGCCCUGGCCAUCUACCUGGCCCCCCUGUGCAUCUCUUCACCCUGUCUCAUGGAACCCAGAGACUUACCCCCCAAGCCUGGGCUGGUGGGACACCGAGGGGCCCCCAUGCUGGCCCCCGAGAACACCCUGAUGUCCCUGAGGAAGACAGCUGAGUGUGGAGCUACUGUGUUCGAGACCGAUGUAAUGGUCAGCUCCGACGGGAUUCCCUUCCUCAUGCACGACGAGCACCUGAGCAGGACCACAGAUGUGGCCUCUGUGUUCCCAGCCCGAAUCACCGACCACAGCAGUGACUUUUCCUGGGCUGAACUGAAGAGACUCAAUGCCGGAGCCUGGUUCCUGGAGAGGCGACCCUUCUGGGGAGCCAAGCCGCUGUCGGGCCAUGAUCGGAAGGAAGCCGAGACUCAGACAGUACCAAUGCUGGAAGAGCUAUUGAAGGAAGCUGCACUCCUGAACCUUUCUAUCAUGUUUGACUUACGCCGCCCCCCGCGAAACCACACAUACUAUGACACUUUUGUGAAUCAGACAUUGGAGACUGUGCUGAGUUCAAGGGUGCCUCAAGCCAUGGUCCUUUGGCUCCCAGAUGAAGACCGGGCUCAUGUCCAACAGCGGGCACCCAGAAUGCGUCAGAUAUAUGGACAGCAGGGAGGCGACACAACUGAGAGGCCCCAGUUUCUCAACCUCCCCUAUCAAGACCUGCCACUGUUGGAUAUCAAGGCACUGCACCAGGAUAAUGUGUCGGUGAACCUAUUUGUAGUGAACAAAGCCUGGCUCUUCUCCCUACUCUGGUGUGCAGGUGUGGAUUCUGUCACCACCAACGACUGCCAGCUGCUACAGCAGAUGCGUAACCCCGUCUGGCUUAUUCCACCUCAAACCUACCUAAUGAUGUGGCUGGUCACCGACUGUGUCUCCAUCCUGGUGCUUUUGUGGACCUUCCUCCUCCAUGGGAGAUGUGCUGGGGAGAGAGAGAGAACUGGCUUAGAAGCAGCCGUGCUGCUGACCAGGAUCAACAAUUUCAUGAUGGAGUGAAUGUCCUGCCCUGGGCCCCCACCAGCCCGAGUCUGGGGCCUGUCAGCAUGGGCCAACAGCAGGGAGAAUGGCAGAGGUGGAAUGUUGGUGCGGGUGGGGUGAACUCUGCCAACAGGAAAUUUUAAACUCUGGGGCCCUCUGCCCAGAUGACGGACAUGCCCUCAGCUUUCAUGAAAUCUGCUGCCGUUGAGCUUUUGACCUGAGGUGGGUGGUUGGGAAGACAGUGAGUCACGAGAAGUUUCUCCCGAAAUGAAAAUAGAACAGGAGAUUACCAAGAUAAUGUUUCAGACUUGUACACGUGUUCUGGUGUAGAAGGCACUGGUAUGAAGGGACAGGACAGCUUGGAACAGCGACUGAAGAUGACAAAGUAGCCUUUCCUGAAGAACUGUAAGAUGAUGGAGACAACGACCCCACUCCAUUCACUGUCACCCCUGCCCCCCGCAAUUUAGCUGCUCCCCUGCCUAGGAGCUGGAGCCUAAACAGCCCAUCUAGCCAUGUAGUUCUGAGCUUACAGGUGGCUCUUUCGCUGAGCACAGCCUUCUUCUUCAAGGCAAGGUGGUUCGCGUUUCUUGUCUGUUAGUCCUUUCCUCAAUGAAUUUAAUUCCUACGCAGCCACAGUC